AACAGGUAAGGAAACUUCCCAUUUCCCAACCGCCACAUCGCACUACGUGUCGCUCCCGCAUUUAUACCUCUCUUCUGUUACUCUUAUUUAUCCCCCAUUUUCUCCUCCGAUCAAUCGAAACAAAAAAGAUUGUAAAAAAAAAAUGGUGUUAACAACGACGUCGAUAAGAGAUUCAGAAGAGAGCUUGCACUGUACAUUUGCAUCAAGAUAUGUACAGGAACCUUUACCUAAGUUCAAAAUCCCUAAAAAAUCCAUGCCGAAGGAAGCAGCUUAUCAGAUUGUAAACGACGAGCUUAUGUUGGAUGGUAACCCCAGGUUGAAUUUAGCUUCCUUUGUUAGCACAUGGAUGGAGCCCGAGUGCGAUAAGCUCAUCAUGUCAUCCAUUAAUAAAAACUAUGUCGACAUGGAUGAGUAUCCUGUCACCACUGAACUUCAAAAUAGAUGUGUUAACAUGUUAGCACAUCUUUUCCAUGCCCCGGUUGGUGAUGAUGAGACUGCAGUUGGAGUUGGUACAGUGGGUUCAUCAGAGGCAAUAAUGCUUGCUGGCCUUGCUUUCAAACGCAAAUGGCAAUCGAAAAGAAAAGCAGAAGGCAAACCUUUCGAUAAGCCUAAUAUAGUCACUGGAGCUAAUGUGCAGGUCUGCUGGGAAAAAUUUGCAAGGUAUUUUGAGGUUGAGUUGAAGGAGGUGAAACUAAAAGAAGGAUACUAUGUAAUGGACCCUGCCAAAGCAGUAGAGAUAGUGGAUGAGAAUACAAUAUGUGUUGCUGCAAUCCUUGGUUCUACUCUGACUGGGGAGUUUGAGGAUGUGAAGCUCCUAAACGAGCUCCUUACAAAAAAGAACAAGGAAACCGGAUGGGAGACACCGAUUCAUGUCGAUGCUGCGAGUGGAGGAUUUAUUGCUCCUUUCCUCUGGCCAGAUCUUGAAUGGGAUUUCCGUUUGCCUCUUGUGAAAAGUAUAAAUGUCAGCGGUCACAAGUAUGGCCUUGUAUAUGCUGGUGUCGGUUGGGUGAUAUGGCGGAGCAAGGAAGACUUGCCCGAUGAACUCGUCUUUCAUAUAAACUACCUUGGGUCUGAUCAGCCUACUUUUACUCUCAACUUCUCUAAAGGUUCCUAUCAAAUAAUUGCACAGUAUUAUCAGUUAAUAAGACUUGGCUUUGAGGGUUAUAAGGACGUCAUGAAGAAUUGCUUAUCAAACGCAAAAGUACUAACAGAGGGAAUCACAAAAAUGGGGCGGUUCGAUAUUGUCUCUAAGGAUGUGGGUGUUCCUGUUGUAGCAUUUUCUCUCAGGGACAGCAGCAAAUAUACGGUAUUUGAAGUAUCUGAGCAUCUCAGAAGAUUUGGAUGGAUCGUCCCUGCAUACACAAUGCCACCGGAUGCUGAACACAUUGCUGUGCUGCGGGUUGUCAUUAGAGAGGAUUUCAGCCACAGCCUAGCUGAGAGACUUGUUUCUGACAUUGAGAAAAUUCUGUCAGAGUUGGACACACAGCCUCCUCGUUUGCCCACCAAAGCUGUCCGUGUCACUGCUGAGGAAGUGCGUGAUGACAAGGGUGAUGGGCUUCAUCAUUUUCACAUGGAUACUGUAGAGACUCAGAAAGACAUUAUCAAACAUUGGAGGAAAAUCGCAGGGAAGAAGACCAGCGGAGUCUGCUAGGUCUGGCCACACUUGUUAUCUGGGCUCCGCUUCCAUCGCCAUCCUGUAGUAUGUAUUACGUGUGUUGUUUCCAUCUUAUGUAGUAGUUGGUACUGUAAUCUGUGUAAAUGCUUUCAUGAUCUUGGCUCUGUAUAUGCUAAAUAAGCACUGCAUUUCAAGUUCCUGGAAGUAUUUAUGUAUGAAUCAAUCCGGGCAUAAUUGGUAGAAUGCCCUCUCUGCGUCAUCUUUGAAUUUCACGUGCAAUAAUAUUUGAAAUCUACACCUAUUAUAA